UUAUUCUUUAAAGUUUUAUUUCAGUAUUUAUAAUAUAAACAUGUUUGGAUUUCCUUCGGCACCGACGACUACAGCUUCUUUAUUUUCUACAACAUCAGCAGCCCCAUUAACAACUUCUAAUUUAUUCUCGUCGGCACCGGCUACUUCGGCUUUUAUGUUUUCUACAGCGUCAACUGCACAAUCGACAGCUUCAAGUUUAUUUGGUGGAGCAAUAAAUAAGGCACCGACGACUACGGCCUCUUUGUUUUCAGCGGCCCCAUUAACAGCUUCUACAUUAUUUGGUGGUGCACCACCGACAACUACCGUGCCACUGUUUUCGGCACCAGCGACUACGGCUUCUUUGUUUUCUACAACGUCAGCGGCCCCCCUGACAACUUCUAAUUUAUUUGGCAGUGCACCAAUUACAUCUUCGGCGGCCCCAUUGACAACUUCCAGUCUUUUUGGCGGUGCACCAACGACAACUUCUGGGUCAUUGUCUUUUUCUUUGGCACCGGCCACUACGGCUUCUUUGUUUUCUACGCCAACGGUUCCAUCGACAACUUCUACUUUAUUUGGUGGGGCACCAAAUAAGCCACCUGCGACUACGGCCUCUUUGUUUUCAGCGGCCCCACUAACAGCUUCUACAUUAUUUGGUGGUGCACCACCGACAACUACCGUGCCGCUAUUUUCGGCACCUGCAACUAUGGCCUCUUUGUUUUCUACAACGUCAACGGCCCCAACGACAACUUCCAGUCUUUUUGGCGGUAUACCACCGACAACUUCCGCGCCAUUAUUUUCGGCACCUGCGACAACGGCCUCUUUGUUUCCUGCAAUGUCGUCGGCUCCAAUUACAACUUCAACACUUUUUGGUACACCGACGACAACUUCUGUGCCAUUGUCUAUACCUUCAGUUCCUGCGACUACGGCCUCUCUGUUUUCGGCGGCCCCAAUGACAACUACUUUAUUUGGAGGUGCACCAACGACAACUUCCAUGCCGUUAACUUUUUCUUCGGCACCUGCGACUACGGCCACGUUGACAACUUCUUUAUUUGGUGGUACAACUUCAUUGCCAUCAACCACAACUUCUGCUCCAUUAUUUGGUACUUCUGUGACUACUACAACCAUGCCUUCUACGGUUGGGCCUGUUCAGCAGCCCAAAGUGCCCAAUUUCCGUGAUCUUUCAACAACUCUUUUACGUAUGCGAAUGGAUUUUGAACAACAGGAGAAGCAAUUCCUUGACGAAGUUGAUGAUUUGAAUACUUUUGAUGUCGUUUUGCGUAAAGCUCAAGACAAGUUAAUCGAUGUAAAAAAGGAUGUUGACGAGCUAGAACAAGAAAAGGAUAGAUUUUGUUGGGAAAUUGACAUUCUCGGUCAACAACAAGAAGAGCUAGAACAAGUUGUUAAAUCAUUCGAAAGUCAAUUUAAUUUGCCGACUCAGCAAGAUUCUACAAUUAUUGGGGGAUCACAGGUUUUUUAAACAUUUUUCGGCAUUCUUUCGUUUAUUACAUUUGGUUUUAUUUUAGUGGUUAUUUUUUGGAUUUGGAAGCAUUAUUUCGAAACUUGCGAAAAAUGGGUCUGGGGGUUUUCAGUUUAUUAGUGCGAUUUUUGGGUCAUGUGGGCAUGAUUCCUGAA